AUGAAAGAGGCGCUGGAGGCGUUGAAGGGGUUUCAGGAUGCGUUGAAGGAGGUGCCUAAUACUACGGCAGUUGCGAAUGAUAUUUUCGAGUACUGGGAUAGUAAGAUGGACGCACUGAUUGAGGCAUGGCCGGAGGAUGUUUAUAGGGAGAAAAGCCCUUUUCAGGUGCUGAGGGAACGCCAGAUUGAGGAGGAGAUGGAGCGGGAUCAGGCCAGGGCGGGUCAGAGUGCUGUUGAGGCUUGUGGGGAGGUUUUGGAGCAGUAA